AUGGCACCGUUCUCAUCAAUCGUGCUUCAUCCACAGCUUCCACUGCAACCCAACUCAUCUACAAAGCACCAUUUCUCGAAUACCGCCAUCGGAAACCUCAUGAUGAAGCUCACUGCUGUUCUUGCCGCCUCCACUUCCGCGCUCGCUUCUGCGAGGCCCCAGUAUGGUGCCGCAACUCCAGAUCCACACGCUUGGAUGCCUGCCUCCACAAACGACUUCCGCGGUCCAUGCCCGAUGCUUAACACUCUAGCAAAUCACGGUUUCCUUCCUCGCGAUGGCCGCAACUUCACCCAGGAGAACGUCGUCAAGGGCCUGAAGGACGGCUUGAACUUUAAUGGUUCACUUGGCGCACUCAUGUGGCAGCAAGCCAUUAUCGCAAACCCUGAACCAAACGCUACGUUCUUCACUCUAGAGCAGCUCAACGUCCACAAUGUUCUUGAGCACGAUGCCAGUCUUACGCGUACUGAUGCUGCCUUCGGUAACAACCAUGUCUUCAAUGAGACUGUAUACAACACAUCAAGAAAGUGGUGGACAGAUGAGACCGUAACACCUGAGAUGCUGGCUAAUUCCAAGAUAUUUCGCCAGUUGGAGAGCCGCGCAACCAACCCAAACUACACCUUUACUGCUUCCACCGAGGAGUUUAGCUUAGGUGAAGUCUCGGCACCUAUCAUUGCCUUUGGCAGUUUGGAAGACGGUACCGUCAACCGCACGUUGAUGGAGUACUUCUUUGGUAAGUUCGUUGGCAACGCGCAAUCAUGUGCGAGGAGCGGUGGUGCAGUAGCUGACAACUGGGCAGAGAACGAGCGUCUUCCUUUUGAGUUGGGCUGGACUCAGAAGACGGACGAGAUCACCCUCAUGAAGAUCAUGGCUACUACAGACAUCAUUCGCAACGCGACGAGUCUACUUACUGGUGGCGAAACUGCUGAGGAUUCUCCUCAUGGCAAACGCGAUCUCCAUGGUGGAAUGUUCUAG